AUUAUUUUCACCGGCAUUUGGUGGAUUUGUGCGCCAUGAUGAAUACCAUAGUACAAGUACAAAUUUUUGUGGCGUGAGUCAAUUGUCUUCGCUUCGGUUACAGUAGCCGCUCAGCAGCCACGCACGAAAAGAGGUUUCCGUCCAGCGCAAGACGAAGAUUUUGUUUACUUGCACGUCAGAAAAAAAUAGAAUGGCCGUAUCGCUAUCGCGUUUGUAGUGACCGCCACACAGCACCCGGACCAGACAACUUUUCCCGCUCUGGCGAACGUUGACCCUGCUGGGGGAGAACCCAAUAAGUUCGCGUUCUGGAAAAAAAUGAGCUUGAAGCGGGACUACGAUCACCUUUUCAAGCUCGUCUUGAUCGGGGACAGCGGCGUUGGUAAAAGCUGUUUGCUGCUUCGAUUCGCGGACGACCAAUUUACCGAGAGCUACAUAACCACGAUCGGAGUCGACUUUCGGUUCAAGACGAUCAAUGUGAGCGGUAAAACGGUGAAGCUGCAGAUAUGGGACACCGCCGGUCAAGAGCGGUUCCGAACGAUUACGAGUGCGUAUUACCGCGGGGCGGAUGGCAUCGUCAUCGUUUACGAUUGCGGCGACAGAGACAGCUUCAGUACCACUUUUCCGCUUUGUCGUCGUCUUUCAUGCCGGACGCAUGCCGUUUCGUUUGAUGUGUGCUUUAAGUACUUCGGUCGCUCUAUCGCGCACGCCGCGCAGAAGAGUUUUUUUUUGCGAUUAAGCUAUCGUAUUGUCGUCGUGAAAUGUUGCAUUGGGCGGUUGCGAGAGUGGGGCGUUAGUAUCUCUUUUUAAUCUCAUUCAAUUUGAAUCACCAAUCACAGACAACGUCAACAGUUGGGUGGAAGAAGUGAGCAAGUAUGCCAGUGCAUCAACAAGCAUGGUGCUGGUGGCAAACAAGAGCGACAUGCCAGCAUCGAGCAAAGCAGUGUCUGCGGAAGAGGGCGAAGCAAAGGCUAGACAGCUGGGAUUAGCCUUUAUGGAAACCAGCGCAAAAACUGGUAGCGGUGUGGAGGAUGCCUUCACGCUGAUGAGCACUAACUUAAUAACAGUGAAGAUGACGGAGCAGGCAGAACAGCGAGGUAGUGGUGCCGGCGGUAGUCUGCGGCUAGCCGACGGCACCGGUUCAACCAACGGGGGUACCCCACUCGGGGGUCUCGGGCAAGGAUGCUGCAGUGGGUAAAGUACGCAGACUACGAAUAUCUGUACAGGGUGGCUGCCACAGAUGUGGUUUGACUUUUUUCUACUGACGCAUGAGAAAACCACACCUGCCGCUAAAUUUUGCUGCGCGACUUGUCACCGGUAAGAGAUCAUUACCCUACCGAGGGAAUGUGACUCAUCUGUUGCCUGAGAAGCAAAGAGCGACGAGCCUGUUACUUAACGGAAAGCUGCGCUGUGAGCGCCCUAUAUCCUCGAUAAGAGCUUGCGUCGUUGUUCUUCAGCACGACCACUGCUUCUGUUUUUCGCAAGGUUUGUGAGCUGG